AACCCUCUGAAUAGAAUAACCAUCCUGCAGCUGGUUUGCUUGAAAUUGCAUUGCUUUGGAAACAUCAGAUGGUCAAUGUCUGUGAGGAACUUCCGCCUGUUCCAAUGCACAGAUGCUGUAGUGAGUUGUUGCAUACCUAUCAGACCUUCCGCAUUUAGCCCGGUACCUGCUUUUCCCUUCACCCUUGGCAGAAGUACUGUGUACUGUACUUGCUGUACUUACAGUGCCUCAAAAGUCAGAAAAGGCGGAAAGCUAGGUUUCAGGGACUGAUGCACUUUUUUGCACUCCUUGGUAACUCAAGACUCUUUCCUCAGGUGUAUCUGUGGAUUCUCACUAACAAUGGACUGCAGUGGGAACUCUUUGCUCACUCCCAGAUCACUGUACUAUUACCAGACCUUUAGCUUCACUUACCUGAUCUAUGUUGCGGCUAGGUUUAUUAAAAAUGUAUUACGUUUCACUUGAUAUGUUUGUAACACUGUUUUUCCCUCAGUUAUUUUGCAUUUGUUUUUCAUUUGACUCUAGCUACCUAUACAGCCCAAUAGCAUUAAUGUGUAACUUCAAAAGAAGUGCACGAAGCAUAGUUUAUAGACUUGAACUCUGAUUGCUUUGGUACAACCUCAGAAGUUACAGAAAGAUCUGAAAUAAUUACUUUUUUUUCAUUAGCUUUUAAUUCAACAAAGUUUGACUUGCUGCAGGGAGUCUAACAUUACUCUACUCAAUGUUUCAAAGUACAAUGAAUCAAACAGUCAUGACGAAAGGUAGCGACUCAAAAGAUGACUCCACAAAGGCUAACAGUGGGAGUGUCUCAAAUGGUGCAAUAUAUAUCACCAAGAACUCAUAGAAUGUGUUUAGGUUCAGCUGGCAAGCUUGAUUAUUACGUGACCUUCUGAAUUUUGUGGGGUAAGUAUUUCUCCAAGUAAAAUAUAAUUUCUAAUUUGUAUUCUUUAGUAUUGAAAAUAAAGUGAUAUUGCAUUUAAGAAUUUUGUGGCAAGUAAAAGGUAGCAUGUGCGGUAAUUUUACCUUGCCUUAUUAAUAUAUUUUACACUGUUUGACUGUCAAAUGCUUCUUGGUGUUCAAAAUAUGUUUGCACACCACAGCUUUGAGUAGAAAUACCUAAUUUUGUUGAAAAUUUGUUUUGCAUUGAAACUGUUCUUUUAUAAUUCUAAUAAUUAUUUUGGGAGUAAAGGCAUUUUUCUUUCCUCAUUCUCAGUCUCUGGAGAACACAGGUGAGAUACAGUAUGGCAAUUCACACAGUCCAUGGUUCCAGAGUCAUUAGCAACAGAUGCCUCUCAGGUCACAUAAUCAACCACAUCUGCUCCAGACUUUGGAUAUGCUUCUAUUCCUCCAACUUUAACUAUUUUAGAGAUACAAUAACAAUAUGCAGCUUUCUUGGUCUCAAAGUCAAAAGAGAGAAUGAUUGCAGGUAUCAAUGAGUAUCUUUAACAUGCCACAUUUGUUUGCAUGUACAGGACUUGCACCUGACUGAACAAAUGCAGCUCUACGCUGUUUCAAGCUGUCUCACCAAACCCCCAUAUUUAUGAUAUAUAAGCUUGUGCUGUUUCUCAAUGGAAAAACAUCAGCAGACAUUAAAUGUCUAAAAUGGGACUUUGGGAAAGUAUCCCUGUAAAUCUAGAGUUCAGCUCCUAAGCAACUGGCUGGAUUUACAAUGCAACCAGGUUGCCCAGGGAAGUUGUGGAUGCCCCAUCCCUGGAAGUAUUCAAGGCCAGAUUGGAUGCAGUCUUGGGCAGAUUGUUCUAGUGGGCUAUGUCCCUGCCCAUUGCAGAGGGGCUGGAACUGGAUGAUCUUUAAGGUCCCAAACCCAAACCAUUCUUUGAUUCCAUGAUUCCAUGAUUCUAUGAGUCUAUUUCUGUAAACUACAGGAAAGCAACUUCCAGAUUUGUGGCUGGCUGUACUAAGCAACAGUAAGAAGUACACUAAGAGUAUAGCAAGUCAACUACACUUGAUUUAAAGAUCUAGAGCAUGAUCCAGAGCAGCCACAGGAAAAAUGAAAUAUGAAGUUUAUGUUGUUUCAAACACAAUUUAGAGUCCUCUGGGUGGCCACAGGGAAACUCAUCCAUUCAGUGUUAUUUUCAUCAUAUUGAAGCAUGGAUGAAACUAUCUAUUUCCUAAAAGGCAAGUACAAGACACUAUCUUGAAGAUGAGCUAGUGUCUUGCUGAAAGAAAACAAACAUGUAUUCAGAGAUAAACAGGUCAGCAGUUACGGUAUUUCUAAUAAUCACAGAAUUUGUAGGCUUCACAUCAUUCAUUGGUUCAGCAUCCCAAAACCAUUACCUUUUAAAAAAGUGCUAUAUAUCACCAGUACACAGUCAUAUUUCUGUUUUCUCCAGACAACACUGCUUUCACAAUGGGCUCUAUCAGUGCAGCAAAUGCAGAAUUUACUUUUGAUGUAUUCAAAGAGCUGAAAGUCCACCAUCCCAACGACAACAUCUUCUAUUCCCCCCUGAGCAUCAUUACAGCCUUGGCUAUGGUUUAUCUGGGAGCAAGAGGUAACACUGAGUAUCAGAUGGAGAAGAGCCUUCACUUUGACAAAAUUGCAGGAGUUGGAGGAACUAUUCAGACUAAACUCCAGAGAUCUAAGUGUGGCAAGUCUAUGAAUAUCCACAUACUGUUUAAAGAACUUCUCUCUGAUAUCACUGCACCAAAAGCCAAUUAUUCACUCCACAGUGCCACCAGACUCUAUGCUGAAAGGAAAUACCCAAUCCUACCGAUCUACCUAAAAUGUGUGAAGAAACUGUACAGAGGAGGUCUGGAAACAGUCAACUUCAAAACAGCAUCAGAACAAGCCAGACGGCUCAUUAAUUCCUGGGUGAAAAAUCAGACAAAUGGACAGAUUCAAGAUUUCCUUGAAGCAGGCUCUGUUGAUCUCAAUACUGUGCUGGUCCUGGUGAAUGCCAUUUACUUCAAAGGAGUAUGGAAGAUGGCAUUUAAAGAAGAACACACUCGGGAAGUGUCCUUCAGCGUGACAGAGCAUGAAAGUAGACCUGUGCAAAUGAUGUGUCUAAACAGUACCUUCAAAGUGGCAGAGGUGGCUGCAGAUCAAAUGAAGGUCCUGGAGCUUCCAUACGCCAGCGGGGAGCUGAGCAUGUUGGUGCUGUUGCCCAAUGAUGUGUCUGGCCUGGAGCAGCUUGAGAAGAAAAUCAGCUUUGGAAAACUUACAGAAUGGACCAGUCCCAAUGUGAUGGAAAGGAAAAGAGUGAAAGUGUACCUCCCACGUAUGAAGAUUGAGGAAAAAUACAACCUCACAUCUGUCUUAAUGGGCUUGGGUAUGACUGACCUGUUCAGUCCCUCAGCUAAUCUGUCUGGCAUCUCUUCAGCAGAGAGCCUGAAGAUGUCUGAGGCCAUUCAUGAGGCGUACAUGGAAGUCAAUGAAGAGGGCACUGAGAUGGCAGACUCAGCAGGAGUGAUGGGAGACAUCCAAGAGUCCUCAGUGGUUGAAGAGUUUAAGGCUGACCACCCAUUCCUUUUCUUAAUCAGACACAACCCAACCAACAGCAUCCUCUUCUUUGGUAGAUAUUGUUUCCCCGAAGAAGGAAAGAGAUGGAAAUAAUGCUUGGCUUCCCCUCAGAAACAGACCCCAUUUGCUGUAAUAUUGUAGUGUAAUCUCAUUUUGUCAAUAUUUUCUCAAAGUGGAAAGACUAACCUAAGAAAUGACCAUUUGGGAAGCUUCCAUAGCAAAGACAUAUGCACAGGUGAGGAAAGAGCAGCAUGCGUGUUUACUCCUCUCCCUUCUCAUAUUGGUUUCAGGAUUGCUUAGGCUGAGCAAAGACUGAGCCAACAGAGAACAGAGGCAUCCACUAACCAAGAAGGGGCCAAUUGAUUUUCACUUAAGAAACUAGUUGCAGGCUCGACCACAAGUCUUUGUGAGCCUAUGACAUAGAAAGCCAUGUGCUCAUUCAUUCCCUGGUAGCAUCCUGCUGACAAAUCCAUGUUGUUGUUCCUGAAACAUGGGCUUUGAGAUGUCCAGUCUGGACAAGAUUCUUGUGGACAAGUUGUUCAGGUUAUUGACUGGUGCCUAGGUAAAUUUUAAUUUUUUUUACUUAGUUAUUGGGAAAUGGUAUACAUGUCCACAAUCAUGAAAGCUGUUCUCUCACCAUGAGUUCCUCAUCUCAUUCUGAAUUUCUUGCAGAGAUUCUUCAAUGUCGUGGAGAGUCUCCCUUCAGAGUGGGCAAAGAGAUCUAACUUUGUGUAGGUACAAAUGUGCCUUCUCACAAACUGUAGAUUCAAAGCCUGAAAUAAGGAUACCUGGAUAAUUCAGAUGAUCCAUUACUUACUGAGAACUGCCAGGCAAAAAAAGCUGUUGGAAUUCUUUUUUAAAACAUAGGAAGAUGCUUCACAAUUGACAAUAUUUUGAUUUUUGUGGAAAACCCUGCAAGUGUUAUUAAAGAAUUUGGUUUCUUUAUGGGAGGUUUGGGGGGGGGAGGAGAGGAAAAGCUUUUAAUCCCUGUCUCUGUUGAGCUUGCUUAGCUAGAAAAAUUUAAUUAGUCCUUGGAAAGCCCUCAGGUGAAGUUUAAAACUUGAGUAUGUUAUUCUUCCAUGAAUGCAUCUGGGCUUCUUUGUUCCUAUGAUAGUUCAAGUCUAUGUCUCUUGCUUUUAAGAAAUACAUGAGGAUCCUACCAUUUCUGUCUUUUUCUUCCUAUGUGUCUGUUGUGAUCUGCAAAUAUGGAUA